GCAGCCGUUCUCUGUAGGUCAAGGAGACAAAAGGACAGGAAAGAAUGAUAAGUUCUUGUUUCUAGAACCAGCCUAGAGUAGGUAGCUCUUCCAGAUCAGUAUUUCAGAUAUGCAUUCACUCUUACUAGAAAUAGGUCUUGCCUGUGGUAACAUAAGUGACCAAAAAAAAAAAAAAAUUAAAAAAUCCAAAAGGGUUUUUCUGAAGGAGAGGAGAAUUUGGAUUGAGGUGUGCAUUCUGGUCAUGCUACUAGGAAGGGUCUCCAAACAUUGUCUCCACCAUCUCUCUUCCAGCACAACACACCCCUACAUUUCUAAAUCAUUGAAUCUUUAACCUGCCUAUACCUUAGAAUCACCUAGAAGACUAAGAAUGUUAAUGCCUGGGCCUCAUGCCAAACCAAUUAAACCAGAACAUGUAGAGAGUUGGUCUAAGCAUCAGUAUUUUUAAAAAGCUCUUUGGAUGAUUUCAAUAAGUGGCCAGGUAAGUAGCAAGCAUAUAAAAUUUCUCAAGACAGAACAAGACAAAGAUUUUGCAGAACAUUUUAUGCUUUCUUUUCUCUUCCUUGUAACUCCUGUAAAUUGCAUCUUGGCGUGAAAUGGCCUAAAAGUUGCAAUACCAUGCUCUCCUAGUGACUACUUCUCAAGUCUGUGUUAACUUUCAGGUAAAGGGAUUGUCACAUGGUAAGUGUCCAAGAAAUUUUGUCUGUGAGGCCAGACUACUCAAGGGUAUCUUGGGAUAAUUAAGCCUGUAUUUAGUAUUGAGUCACUUCAAAAUCUUAAAGGACUUGGUGUCUGCCCUCCAGAUGCUUAUAAUUUAGCAGCUAGAUUGCAGCUGGACAGAGAAGAUGUGAAUGAAACAGCUGAGAACAUUACAAGACUGCUAAAAUUGAACAGGUACAGUAGGGGAAGUAUUAUGAAGGUUCUCGAAAGUAUGGCCUUGAUUCAGGAGGCAGUAGAGAAUUGUUACAAGUUCUUGAGAAGAAAAACAAUACAAGUGAUGUCCAUGCAAGAUUACUGUGGUGGCAAUAGGCAUAUGGUGUGAAGCUGAGGAAAAGCCUCAAAUUGAACAAGUCCAGUAGGUGUCUUAGGACACUAGACUUGGUGAUGAAUUGUGUGGGUGCCUUUGAGGAGGAGAUGGAUGGUUAGGAAAUGAAAACAGCAGGAUUUUUUUUUCCCAGAACAUUCUACCAUCAGAUUUAAGUAGCAUGAUAGGUCUAAGUAUCAUAUUUAACUAUAGCGGGAAAAGGCCAGGAAUUUUGAAAAUUUUGGUAAUAACAAGGAGAAGAAAAAAGUUGAAGAUUGUUUUUACUUUUAUGUGUAUGUGUGUGUUUUUCUAAAAUAGGCAAGAUUUGUGCAAGUUUGAAGGCCAAAGAAAAUGAAGUUUUAAUAGGAGAGAUGAAAAAUGUCAGGAGAGGAGGAGAUGAGUACCAGCUAGAAAGACUCAAUGUUUUCCUUUUUAAAAAUGUAAUCUCUCUGGGUACCCCAAGAGAUAGCUAUGGCACCAUUGAUUCUACUAUUGCCUAUCUCCACCUCUUCUCUUUACGCAAAGAAUUCACCAGACUCCUUGGGCUGCAGGGGAAUCCCUGGUAUCCCAGGGCCUUGGCUGCCUAGGGAUAAGCAGCAGAUGCCAAAGAUAAGAGUAAACUUGACUUAUUUCCCUGCAGGAUUCCCUCACCCCCGCCCAUCACCAAAAUGUGUCCACCACCCAAGUUUCCAUGUCCCUUGCUGUCAGGUUUGUUUUCCACUGUGGAGAUGGAUGUGUUUGAGGACCCAGCCCCAGGAUUCCUUCAGGCGAGAGAAGAAGACCCAGAGAAACUUGAAACCUCAGGGAGAGGAAGAAAGGUCAUCUCUAUAAAUACCUGUUUCCGACCCCUCUGAGGUUUCUGGUUUUCAGUGGUGUGCUGGUAAGUGUAACGCUCAGCUCUCUGAUAGGAGGAAGAAUCCCUGAUUUCUAAAGUUUGCUGAUUUCCAUAAGGCCUUUGGCUUUGGCUGGCACAGGGGUGAAGGAGAGCCAGCAGCAUUGAGUGACUGGGCAAAUGUGCCUCCAGGAGAGUUCAUUCCAACCCUCCCAGUUCCUACUGCUGGUGGGGGUCCCGGUGGCAAGUAUCCUCCUUCUGGCCCAGUGCCUUCGAUGGCACUGCCCUAGAAGGCUACUGGGGGCCUGCUGGAUGCCGAAUGGUCAAGAGGAACCAGUGUCCCAGCCUACCCCUCCACCAGAAAAUGAGGUCUCAGGGCAGCACCUGCCAGCCACACUGCCAGAGGUGGCUGCCUUCUAUCAGGAGCUGCACACACCCACUCAAGGCCAGACCAUGGUCCGCCAGUUGAUGCACAAGCUGUUGGUGUUUUCGGCUAGAGAGGUGGAUCACCGCGGCGGUUGCCUGAUGCUCCAGGAUGCAGGCAUCUCCUUGCUCAUCCCACCAGGUGCUGUGACUGUGGGCCGCCAGGAGCGGGUGUCUUUGAUCCUGGUGUGGGACCUUUCGGACGCCCCAUCACUGUCCCGAGCCCAGGGGCUGGUAAGCCCUGUGGUGGCAUGUGGCCCCCAUGGGGCCUCCUUCCUGAAGCCUUGUACUCUCACGUUCAAACACUGUGCCCAGCAGCCCAGCCAUGCUCGUACCUACAGCAGCAACACUGCCCUGCUCGAUGACAAGGUAUGGAGGCCCCUGGGGCGGCCAGGGGCCCACGCCUCCCGGGAUGAGUGUCGCAUCCGUCUCUCCCACUUCAGUCUCUACACCUGUGUGAUGGAGGCACCUGUGGGGUGCGAAGCCCGCAAAUGGCUGCAGCUGGCCAUAUUCUGCUCACCGCUGGCACCAGGACAGUCCCACCUGCAGCUGCGUAUCUACUUCCUCAACAACACGCCCUGUGCCCUGCAGUGGGCACUGACCAACGAGCAGCCCUAUGGUGGGCGCCUGCGUGGGCCCUGCCAGCUCUUCGACUUCAGUGGGGCCAGGGGUGACCAGUGCCUGAAGCUCAAGUACAUCUCAGAGGGUUGGGAGAAUGUGGAUGAUAGCAGUUGCCAGCUGGUUCCCCAUCUCCACAUCUGGCAUGGAAAGUGCCCAUUCCGCUCCUUCUGCUUCCGGAGAAAAGCAGCCAGUGAGAAUGAGGACUGUUCAGCACUAACCAAUGAGAUCAUUGUCACCAUGCACACCUUCCAGGAUGGCUUGGAGACCAAGUAUAUGGAAAUCCUCAGAUUCCAGGCAUCAGAGGAAGAAUCCUGGGCAGCGCCGCCCCCUGUCUCCCAGCCGCCCCCAUGCAAUAGGCUGCCCCCAGAGCUCUUUGAGCAGCUGCAGAUGUUGUUGGAGCCAAACAGCAUCACAGGCAAUGACUGGCGCAGACUAGCCUCUCACCUGGGGCUUUGUGGCAUGAAGAUCCGGUUCCUGUCCUGUCAGCGCAGCCCCGCAGCGGCCAUCCUGGAGUUGUUUGAGGAGCAGAACGGCAGCCUGCAGGAGCUGCACUACCUCAUGACUGUCAUGGAGCGGCUAGACUGCGCCUCCGCCAUCCAGAACUACCUGAGCGGAACACACGGCGGCAGCCUAGGCCCCGAGCGCGGGGGCGCCCGCUAUAACCAGGGCCUGGAGCUGGACGAGAAGCUCUGAGCGCCCAGCGGGCAGGGCUGGAGGAGGUGUGGGGGCGAGAGGGGUUGUUCCCCCACGCCUAUGAGGGACACAGCAGCUGUUCCCGGCUGUUCCCACCACCCUUCCCAGAACCCUCGGACGGUGCCCGGGGCUGCACACGAGGCCAGAGCGUCCUCGCCAGCCUCCCAGCAGCAGGCGCGCCCUUCGGGACGCGAUCUGUCCCGCGUACGGGUCCCCUCCUGGCCGGCAGAGGGCGCAGGAGCCCAGGAGAUGGCCUCAGCGUGGCCCGGCUACCGAAAAUGAGCAGGGGACGGCCACGGUCCCCGCGUGCACUUUAGGGGCGGGCGGUCAGGCCCCAAGUAUUCACUGAGCGCUCAUGAAGACCGGACAUUGGGCUGGUGUCAUGAAGAAUACUGGAAUAUAGGAGGCAGGGACUGGAGCCCUGACAAGCACACAGUUCUUUUGCAGGAGUCAAGAUGUUCUCAUAGCAGCCAGGGGCAAACUCGAAAACAGCUCUGACCUGUGGUUAGAGGAUGUGUGUGUGGCUUUAGGAGCUGAGAGGGGAAGAGCUGAGUGCGGGCUGGAGCAGCGAGAAUGCUUCACGGAGGAUAUUGGGGAGAGAGGAUUUGGCUUGCUGAGUGGUUUGUAGAUCUUUAGGUGGCGGGUGGGGGAAGAGGGUGGCUGGACUUAAGGUAGGAGCCGAGAGUGGGCAUGGGAGCCCAGCCCCAUGGGUGUGAGGCCUGGGUAGGACGAGGUUUCCCGGCUAGGCACGCCUGGCUGUCUGCCUCUGCCCCUACUAACUUCCUUUGUCUCUUUAUCCUCCUGCUCAGGUCUUGUCUUCCCCUCUCUCUGCCAUUUUCUCUAUCAGAAAACAUUAAAGCUGAGUAGAAACUUGAAGAUGAUCAUUCUGGCCCAACCCUUUUAUCUCUUUAUCUCCAACAGUGUGCGUUUUAAGUCUCUCUGACUUGGUUUUUCUGUCCCUAUCUCCCACAGUUGUUCCGUCUCUGCACCUGUGUUUCUGUUUCUCUCUCUCUUAGAUCUUUUUGUUUCUGCCUAGUCUCUGUGCCUUGUCUUUGUUUCUUUCUCUGUCUGAAACCCUCCCUCUUUUCCCUUCAGGCAUAUGUCUCUAAACCAAUGCUAUGUGUCAAAGACUGUUGAAAGAGACAGGGCUACUCUAGGAGUGGAUGGGUGGGGAUAUUUUCCCCAUGGAUUAAGAUCCAGUUUAGGGUCAGGAAAUAAAGGAUAGGGAUGAAAGAGCACCCUAUUCAGUCAGCAGAUACUUAUUCAGCGCCUACUAUGUGUUAGAUACUGUAUACAAAAGACACGAAUGGGCUGGGUCCUGAACAGAGAACAAAGGGUUUGACUCCAUUCUGGAAAUGCUUUUGUUUGCAAACAGGUGUUGUUAAUUUGUUCAAAGGCAGGCAAACAAUCUCUCUGGCAACACAAUUUUCUUCUGUAUUUAAUUAAAAAAUAUUAAAGCUUUUUUUCUAUGAUGAAUG